UCAUUACACUGCUGCUACACUAACCUGCAGCAGCUCUGAGAGACUGGAAUGAAGAUGUGGACCUUAUCCUGCGCCACUCCUGUUGCUUAUCCUGCAAACUCCGUGAGAGUCUCCAUGCCAUCAGUUAAAGUUCCUUCAAGCUCUCAAAUUUCAUUUCAGCACAAUGAAAGUCCUUUUGUUCCAGAGGUUGUGAAAGCAGUAGACUCCUUGCAUUCAGAGUUCAGAGCUGUGGAUAAUUUGGUGGCAUGCAAUACUUCUCGUGUUCUUAAAGCUUUCCAGAAUGCUCGGCUUGGAUCUCAUCACUUCAGCGGGUCCACUGGCUAUGGUCAUGAUGAAGCUGGUGGACGUGAAGCACUGGACCAAGCUUUUGCAGAGAUUGUUGGGGCUGAAUCUGCACUAGUUCGCUCACAGUUUUUCUCAGGAACCCAUGCUAUUACCUGUGCGUUGUUUGCAUUUUUGAGGCCAGGAGAUGAGCUCUUGGCAGUUGCUGGUGCUCCUUAUGACACCUUAGAGGAAGUUAUUGGAAAGAGGGACUCCAAUGGACUGGGUUCCCUGAAAGAUUUUGGCGUGGAAUACCGAGAAGUUCCUCUUGCUGAAGAUGGUGGACUUGACUGGGAUUGUCUUAUGCGUGCUUUAAAGCCUCAUACAAAAUGUGCCCUCAUUCAAAGGUCAUGUGGUUAUUCUUGGCGUCAAAGUUUAAGUGUAAAUGAGAUAGGGAGGGCUAUAAAGAUGAUCAAGAUGCAGAAUCCUAACUGCUUGGUCAUGGUGGAUAAUUGCUAUGGUGAAUUCGUUGAAAGCAUUGAACCUCCAGCUGUGGGUGCAGAUCUGAUUGCAGGUAGUUUGAUUAAAAAUCCUGGCGGAACCAUUGCACCAUGUGGUGGAUAUAUUGCAGGGAAGAAAAAAUGGGUAGAAGCAGCAGCUGCUCGUCUCUCUGCGCCAGGGCUUGGGAUAGAUUGCGGCUCAACUCCUGGUGAUGUAAUGCGAGCUUAUUUCCAGGGAUUGUUCCUUUCACCUCAAAUGGUUGGUGAGGCAAUCAAGGGGGCUUUUCUAAUCGCUGAAGUCAUGGCAUCAAAAGGAUAUAAGGUGCAGCCCCUACCUCGUGUCACCCGUCAUGAUACAGUCCAGGCAGUGCAGCUUGGUAGCCGUGAGCUUCUCCUCGCUUUCUGUGAGGCUGUUCAAAGAAGCUCCCCUGUAGCUUCAUAUACUAAACCAGUUGCAGGCUCAACUCCUGGAUAUGCAUCAGAGGUGAUCUUCGCUGAUGGAACCUUCAUUGAUGGGAGCACAAGUGAAUUAUCAUGUGAUGGACCCCUAAGGGAGCCUUUUGCCGUAUAUUGCCAGGGGGGAACCCACUGGACUCAAUGGGGCCUUGUUCUAGGAGAAGUUUUGAAGCACAUCUGAUCCCAUUUUGAUUUUUGUCCCAACAAGAGAUCACAAAGUAGUUUCGGUUUAAACUGUAUAGUUGAAUGGUCUAUCAAUCAUCAUCGUCAGAAUUGCUUGUAUUCUCAUACUGCUGUAAUUUAGCAGAAGCACUUCAAUUUUGCUUUUCAACUGCCAAAUAUUGGAGAGGACUCGAAGAGACAUUGAUGUGAUGUAGCUUGACUUCCUCGUUAUCAUAGAUUUGAGAUUCUCAUAUGA